UCAGUCGGCGGCGGCUGCUGCUGCCUGUGGCCCGGGCGGCUGGGAGAAGCGGAGUGUUGGUGAGUGACGCGGCGGAGGUGUAGUUUGACGCGGUGUGUUACGUGGGGGAGAGAAUAAAACUCCAGCGAGAUCCGGGCCGCGAACGAAAGCAGUGACGGAGGAGCCAGUACCACCGGUAACUAAAUGACCAUGGAAUCUGGUGCAGAGACCCAACAGAGUGGCGAUGCAGCUAUAACGGAGGCAGAAAAUCAACAGAUGGCUGUACAAACACAACCACAGAUUGCAACAUUAGCACAGGUUUCUAUGCCAGCAGCUCAUGCAACUUCAUCUGCUCCAACAGUGACCUUAGUGCAGCUCCCUAAUGGGCAAACCGUUCAAGUCCAUGGAGUUAUUCAGGCGGCCCAGCCAUCAGUUAUUCAGUCUCCUCAAGUCCAAACUGUUCAGAUUUCUACUAUUGCAGAGAGUGAAGAUUCACAGGAAUCAGUAGAUAGUGUCACAGAUUCUCAAAAAAGAAGAGAAAUUCUUUCAAGGAGGCCCUCCUACAGGAAAAUUUUGAAUGACUUAUCCUCAGAUGCACCCGGAGUGCCGAGGAUCGAAGAAGAGAAGUCUGAAGAAGAGACGUCAGCGCCGGCCAUCACGACUGUGACGGUGCCAACUCCAAUCUACCAGACCAGCAGCGGGCAGUACAUUGCCAUUACCCAAGGAGGAGCAAUACAGUUGGCUAACAAUGGCACAGACGGGGUACAGGGCCUGCAAACAUUAACUAUGACAAAUGCAGCUGCCACUCAGGCCAGCACUACCAUCCUGCAGUAUGCACAGACCACUGAUGGGCAACAGAUCCUUGUACCUAGCAACCAAGUUGUUGUGCAAGCUGCCUCUGGAGAUGUACAGACAUACCAGAUUCGAACAGCACCCACCAGUACCAUUGCACCUGGUGUUGUUAUGGCCUCAUCCCCAGCACUUCCCACCCAGCCUGCAGAAGAGGCAGCACGAAAAAGAGAAGUUCGUCUAAUGAAGAAUAGGGAAGCAGCACGUGAGUGUCGUAGGAAGAAAAAGGAAUAUGUGAAAUGCCUAGAGAACAGAGUGGCUGUGCUUGAGAACCAAAACAAGACACUGAUUGAGGAGCUAAAAGCACUUAAGGACCUUUACUGCCACAAAUCGGAUUAAUUUUGGAUUUUCAUUUUCACCUCCUAAGGUGGAGAAAAUGACUGGUUUGUCCACAGCCAGAAAGACAAAGUAAACUUUUUAUUUUCUAAACAGUUCUCUUUUUUUCUAUGCGCAAAACUGCCUGAAAGCAACUACAGAAUUUCAUUCAUCUGUGCUUUGCAUUAAACUGUGAAUAUUCAGACACCUGCCUCCACUUCUCCCCGCCCCAAGAAAUUGUCAUCUUCCUGAUCAUGAAGAAGAGACUUCUGUUUUUUGUUCCCUCUAUGCUCUCCAGGGAGUAAUAAUUUGUUAUUUGUUGAAUUGUUGGGGGAAGGUGAGAAGAAUCCUUUUUUUUUUUUUUAAUAAUUUCAAGGAUUUGUGCUGAGUUCCUUGAUUGCCUUAGCAACAGAAAUGUCACCCCUUCCUCCUCGUCCCUCCCCCCAGCCUCUUGAAGUAUCGUUUGGACUGAAUGCAGAAAGUAAGUAAGGUGCAAUGACGAAGUGAUGAUUGCCAAAUUGACCUGUAUUCUUUGUAAAUUAUUUAAAUUUGUUGCUAAUGAUAUACCCCAAAAGGAGGGAUUUAUAUAUAGAAAAAAAUUAGGAAUUAAUUCAGAGGAGUUUCUUGUGUAUCUUCUAUUCUCUAACUUCUGCAGUGCUAAAAACUUGUUCAUACCUGUCAAGCAUUUUGGGGCUGGCUCUCUUUUGGGUCACUCCCUUCUUAAUUGCAAUUCUCUGUGUGCUCUGUAUUUUGAAUGCAUUUAAGGAAGUCACCAAGUGAAUGGUGUAGCAUAGCCUUUGGAUCAAAAGUGAAGUAAAGUUAACCAAUACAGGUGUGAAGAGCUUUUUACUUAAGGCAUUAUUAAUUUUUCAGUGAAGAGAACUGUUAAAGAAUAGAAUAGCCCCUUUAUAUUAAAAAGAUGUUUUUAUGAAUAUUCAUGUCCAUGGCUUCAGAACAGUAAUCAUUUACUAUUUUUUAAACAUUUCAAUACCUGCUCUUCCCCUCUGUACUUAACAUUUUAUCAUUACCAAAAAAGCCUUCAGGAUGCUAAAGAGAGAAAAUGAAAUAUUCUAUUAAUGAAAAUAAAUGUGUUGUAGGAAAAAUGAAAUUGAUUCAUUUAAGUAUAAGUUUACACCAGGUGAAUCUUAUCAGUGAAAGCUAUAAAAAUGUUAUAAGGACAUUCAGAAAAGCAUCGGUGUUAAUUUAUGCAUGUGUUUGUUUUUUUUUCAGUGCAGUGUCUAAGAGUGAAUUCUAUUACAAUGUUUGGGUUUCAUUCAUUUAAACAUACACACAUACACAUUCAAAACCACCAAAGUCCUAAAUUUUUUGUUUUUGCCUUAAAAGGUUAAUAUGCUUAAGGCUUUCCGUAUGGCAUGUGAUCUUUGUCAUUUGAUAAAGUAACUGCAUGUCCAAACUCCUAAAUAAGAAAUGUGUGGUUGUGUGUGUGUCACACAAUAAUUAUCUAAUAAUUUUUGGAAGUAUUCAUUGCUAAAUUAUUUUCACUAAAUCUACCUGAAAUAAAAUUAAUAUUCACCUUGUUAAAGUAGGUAUAAUUCAUGUGAAAUACAAGAAUUUUAAAAUACUGGCUUAAGAUCAUUGUCACAGUAUUUGCGGUUAUGAUUUUGCAUUCAGUUUUAUAAGAGUUUUAAGAAAUGCUAAAACUUGUAGGGUUAAUGUUUUGUCUUGGGUCAUCAUCAUUUGAAAUCAAAUUGUGUUAGACUGUUACUAUUAAAUGCAAAAGUCAUGUCAGCUUUUACUGGAUCAAUUUUGAAAAGCAAUAUUUUAAGCUAUAAAUGGCUUAUUGUCAUAGCGGGGGGGGUUUUUAAUGUAAACAGAGUGGGGGGACAUCAUUAAAGAAUGUAGCUUUUAAAGUGAUAUAGUUUAUAAAUAUGGAUGCAUUCUUGAAAUUCUCAAGGCUUUCAAACAGCUUAAAAGUAUAGUGUUCUACCUGACUGAGCUACCUGGACAAAUAAUGUAUUUUUUUUUUAAUUGGCAUUUCAGUGUACCAUUGUACACUCAAUCCUCAACAUUGGCCAUAAUGAAGAAUCUAAGUGAAUCCAAGGAUUUGUUUUCAUGGCAAAAUUAUUUCUUACUGCUUAAGUAAUCAAAUACGGAAUUCCAUUAAAAAUUUUUACAGGCUCUAGAUAGCCUAGUGCCUAGCAAGUUGAUUCUCCCCUCUAAAGGUUAUGUUUUACGAAAGUUGGUACUUCUCAGUUUAUUAGGAAGUUGGUUGGCAGUUUGCCUAUUUUUUCCUGGUAAAUAAUGGCAGUAAUAUUAAUAUUAUUUAUUGAGUCAUGAAGAAUGACCUAGCUCUUUUCACCUUAAGGGUUGUAACACUGAAUUGAAAUCAGUCACAGUGUGGUGAGGAGAGAAGAGCAUAUGCUCUUAAGAUGAACUUCAUGUAGAUCCUUGGGUAUAUUUGAGGACUUCAGUUUCCACAAAUAGAAAUCAGGCUGCUUUCCUUCAGGUUGUUUUUUAAAACAAAAUUUAGAAAAGUUUAGUUGUUCAAGCAUAUAACAGAAUUGAGGAAUAUGUAUAUCAUCAUCUAGAAAGUAAAUUUUUAAAAGAAACCCACAUUGAAAUCAAUGUUAACCAAGAACACAUAACAGCUACCAAUAAUAGAUGCUUUACUCUUCAUUUUGGCCAAAAGGGAAAGAAAACAUAGGAAUCUGUACAUAUGUUGUAGAAAAUAGCAAAAUUGAUAUUGCUCACUUUGCAAAUUAGGGCUUGUUGGCACUUUUAUCGGUAGGACAGAUCAAGUCUCAUAAAAGCUAAGUGUGUGGGGGGCAUUUUUUAUAUCUUAAAGUUAAGCAUUUUGGGGUUUUGGUAGGGUUUAACAGAAGCGCAGGCUAGAAAGGGCUAGAUCCAUUAUGUUCACAGUAUAAAAAUUUGGUUUCAAAUUUUAUUUUAUUUUCAUUAUUUUACAAAUAAAAGUACCAGGCUGACAGUUGUGAUAUUGUCAGAGGUGCUCUGUUAAUUUAGAUAUUGGAAAAAUACAUAUGUAUAAUAUAUGUACAUAUAUAUAUAUAUAUAUAUACACACAGUAUAUAAUCUGAAGCUCUGAGAGCUCUUAAGUCAGGAAUGCUGAGUAUUAUAGUCUAUGGAGGUCAGAUACAGCUCGCACAUUUCUGUGUGCUGUUGCAUCCCUUUUGGUAGUGUUUGGAUUGUGUUCUUCCAGCACUCGUGAUUGCAUUUUUUAUGUUUAAUUACUCUUCCAACUAUUUUGUUUCUUUUUUAUUGUUAGUUUUUUUAGGCUAAUACUUACAUAAAUUAUGUUUAUACUUGCCUGAAAACUUCCCCCCAAAGUUUUUUUUGUUUUUCUUUUGUUUGUUUGUUUUUUGCUUUGUCUCUGGCAGCUAUAAUGGUGGUUUAAAAAAACAAACAAACAAAAUUGGAAGAUUUUUUUGAAAAGGAGCCACUGGUUUUCUUAACCAUUCUGGGGAAGGAUUCUUGAGUUUUACUUAGGCAGGAGGUUAUCAGAAAUGGUGUUUUGAUGAUAGUCAGCAACAUUGCUAUGAUCUGAAAGCACAAUUCCAGUCAGGCUGGCUAUCCGAGGAGGAGUCAUCUAGCUGAUGUUUCUUUCUUCUCAGGCCCAAUCCCCACUUGGGUACUACACCAGGAGAGGUAAUACUUGGAAUCAUGCAAAGGCUUAGGAAAAAACAACAGUGUUUGGUUUGACAAGAAUACGUUACUUACUUGAAGUGUUUUUAACCUAGAUUUUUCUUUAUGUACAUUAAAUCAGUUUUUAUUUUAGGAGCGGUUGUAGCUGGUCACCAGCCCAAACUGGGCUCUGGUUAUUUAGAAAAUUUAAAAGUCAUUUCAUUUUGCAAUUUAAGUAGGCCUUGUAUCUUAAAGUUAAAAUUUUGAAGUCAUUUCAGGGUUCGGGAAUAGUGGAAAUAAUACAACUUUUUAGUAAGUUUUGGAAGGAGCUUCUCUCUUUCCUUUUUUUUGAGCUCUGAAAACUGUUAGUGGAUUAUAUUCUACUGACCUGACACAAAAGUUGUAUAUUUAUUUGGGUUCUUUUUACAUUCUAUUCUUUGUAAAUGUUUGGUAUAAAAUGCACUUUUAAAAAAAAAAAACUACCCAAUUUCUAGGAACUUGGGUAUUGACAAUAUGAGAAGCUUCUUUAGCAAGUAAUCAUGAACUGAUUGUCCAUCUUUCUCUUUCUUUUGAUUAAAUCAUGUGACUGUUUUUUAACACAGACAUUUUGUUGUUUGAAAUAUUAGUACCUGAAGAUUAGUCUUACAUUAAGGUGCUAAGGUGGGAGAUUUGUCAGGGCCACUAAAUAGAAUAAAGACUGGCUCACAUCCUAUCUUGUUCUUUUUCAACACAUAGCAAAUUGAGUUUUUUCCUUGUGACAAAGUUUUUCCCCCAUUUUUGUUUUUCCCCAACGUUAAGACUGUCAAUGUGAUACCAGAACAACCAUCUGAAUUGCAUUUAGGUAAGAGAUUGAAAAAAAGUAUUUGUCAUUGUGUAAACCAAAUAAAAUAUUGUGCUGAAUUUUUUACUCUGAAUUGGUUGUGUUGAGCCUAAAUCCGAUUAUAUAUUUGAAUAAGUUUAAUUCAAGUGAAAGAAAAAUAAAAUUUGCUGACCUAGAGACAAAAGGUGCAUGGAAUAAUUUGUUCAUUUGUUUAUAAGAAGCACAACUAGAUUUUUUUUUGUUAGGCAGCAAUGAAGAUGAAUUGAUGACCCAGGUAUAUAUCCUGAAUAUUGUUAAUGUUGACUUUAGCAAUUUACUAUAACUAUGUGUACUAGGAACUGGUUUCCUUCACUUUGUAGACUCAAUGAUUGGGAGAGGGGCUUGAACAUAUCAUUAAGCUGAGCCAGUGUGGAAGGAUUUCAAAUAAAUUAAACAGGGUGCUGAAGUUCCAUCUGUCUCAUCUGCUUUAUGAUAAGUUCGCAUUAAUUAGUGAAUGUAACUUAAGCCUUUGUAUGUGUCCUCAGGGGCAGACAGAUUUUAAGAGGGACCAGAUACAGUUUGAAAGGAGUGAGUGUAUUUCAGGUGUUUUAGCUUGAAAUUUAUUUUUUAAAAAAUAUAAAACUUAAAAAAUACAGUGAAGCCUGUAAAGUAAGUUGAUAGUAUAAACAGGCAGAAUUGUUUAGCACAGAAGUGAAAAAUAUUGACCUGUCUACUGCAUUCUGGUACUGUGGGUGCAGGUCCUAGAUGGGGGAGGAGGGGAAAUAAAGGGGAGGGAGGAAUGGGGGUUAGUAUAUCAUGACAAUUUUGGGUUUUUUUCCUCACCUGCAAAUAAUAAAAUCUGCAGUCCUCAGGAAAUGUUUUUGGAAGGGUGGAGGAAUAGGUAAAUCAGUUAACCUACUUGGAGUAGAUGUUAUGUAAUGCUUGCCUAUUUAAGCAUAGGAUUUUCAAGAUUCAGCCUUAAAGGAAUAGCUUGCCUGAGGGGAGGGUACAUCUAAGAUGAUUUGAAAUUGGUGAGGAGAGGCGGAGAUCCCUGAAAAUAAAGGUCUUAUAUUAGUUGGCCAAAUGAAGCAGUCUAUCAUGUGUUUGGGGGUUUUAUUUUAUUUUAUGUUAAUUGGAUUGGUAAAAUGCUCUAUAGAAUGUGUAUUUUAUCCAGAUGCCACUCCAUUUUAUGUAUGUAAUAAAAUUAUUUAUAUUAAAAAUGGGAGAGUAAAUUGUAGAACUUGCGUAUGUCUGACCUUCAAUAUUUCCUGCUAGUAUGGAUUUAUUAGGGGUGAGUAAGAGUGCUGGUUAUCAGUUUUCUGUGUAAAGUUGUCCCUGCCUGAUUUAUUCACAUUUUGGUUGUCAUCACCAAGAAAGAAUUAUUUCUACUCCAAAUUUAUAAUUUAAAACAUUUUUUAAAAAAAGAAUAUGAUCAGGGAAGUUUCUAGAGUUGUUUUAUUUUGAUUUGUUUUUUAAGAAAAUUGAGGUAAAGAUUAAUUCUAUCCAUUUCUUACUUUACCCAGAACCAUCAGCACAAAACAGCGUACUGAUCUUAAUUCUUAAUAUUUCUUUUGGAGUGGAUUAAAAAUAAACUAUAAUAGGGAAAAAAGUUUGUAUUAAAAUUCCCUACAUUCUAGAAACAUCCCUGUUUUAACUUUUUUUUACUUAAAUCUUUUGUGCUUUAUCUAUGUAAAAAAAUGUACUGAGUUAUAAUGCAUUUUAUUAACACUAUGUACAUACUAGCUGCUUUGUUUCAGAAUGAUAGUAAUUGCUUUGUAUAUUAAAGUGAUCCUUGUGAAUUUGUGAAUUGUCAUAAAGAAGUGCUUUUUCUUACUGUAAUCUUUGUGGUAUAAACUGUCAAAAUGCCCUUUUUACACCAACAUUUAUGUGCAGUCACAUAAA